GGCGAUGCCAACUUUUACGUCGACAUCCACAACCGCCAUUGUUGGUUUUGAAGAAUUUUAGGUUCUUUGACCCGGGACUGACGUCGAGGUGAUUGAGGGAGCUUGAAGGCAUUGAAAGGAUACAGAGGGGUCUUUAGCCAACGGCAUCGCAACGCACGCCACUUCGCUCAACGAUCGCUCACCAUGGCUCAACUUUUGGACGUGUUCCGCUCUCCAUCCCUACCUGAACCUCCGAAAGGGUGGAUACCCCCAUGGGAGCAGCAGGAGCAACCAACACAGCCUACCCAGGCAGGUGUGCAACUACUUCGGCCCGUCAUGGCUGACCCUGUUGUGCCAGGGUCGAGUGAGGUUCCGUCUGGCUCGCUCACGAAUAAUCAAGAACCGGGGUCAGCAAGUACUCAGCCACCUCCCUCUCCAUCCCCGACAUCCAAUGUGAACGAUAAUGCGGUGACUACCACCCAACCAUCGCCCUCUCCCCCUCCUGCAUCUUCAGACACUUCACCGCCAACUUCAUCCCAACGAACCCCAGAUAAUACACCAGAACCAUCCCCACCUUCCAUUACUCCACCCCCGCGGACAACUCAACGUGUCAUCACAACAGUGAUUCAGGAUGGCCCAACACAAAGGACGAUCACGUCUAUUGUAGACGUUGUAGUGGAUCCAACGCCCGCCCCACGUACUCUGAUUAGCUCAACGUCACCGACCGCAACUGCCCUUCCGCAAUCCACGACGGAACAUUGGGCUCAAACAACAGGAGGGAUUGUAGGCAUCACAGUCGCCGCGGUGCUGUUCUUUCUGGCGGGUGUGUUUGCGGUGGGAUUGUUUGUGGACAACCGUAAAAGGUUCAAGAAACGUGCCAACGAGCAAGACCCCUUUCUUCCCGGAGGUGGUGGCGGCGGUCCAAUGGAAACACCUGCCACAUCCACCGAUACCCUUCUCAGCACACGCCCCCGAAGCCCAUAUGGAGGUCCAUCGCCAAUCCCCCCGGUUGGCCUCCCAGGAGAAGGACGACCGACAAUCCAAAGGUCACCGUACUAUGGAUCAUCCGCUCCGCACCAAGUUGGGAUGUAUGCCACGGCUUCUGUACCAUAUCCAGUUCAACCAUUAGUGGAUGUGGAUUUGACAGUGUCAACGCCUCAACCAGGCAAUGGGUAUGAUGCCGCCGUAUUUCCAGCAUACCCGGUAACAACCACCGGUUAUGUUCCUUAUGAACCGGUGAUGAGUCCCAUACAACCGGCAUCGACCGGGUACGAUUUGAGCAGCUCAGCACAGGCAGCACAGGCAGAUUCCCAAGGAUGGGUGCGGCCCGACCCUGUUGUCACAACACACACGAAUGAAGAACCAUCCGAUACGAUGGAACGACGAUACGAAAAGCAUCGAUCACUUUAUUCGGCGGUUGGGCAGACUUUGUAAGCUUUAUGUCAUCUGGAUAUGUUCUGUUUCUAGAUAGAUUGAACGACUUUGCAUAGCAAGUAAAUCAUUCAUAGCUACGUUGUUGGCGUGUUAGACAGGACGUCAAGUGGUUGUAGGAUAGACAGAUAGAUAUAUUUUGCAUGGAAUCAUAUACAUGGGUAUAUGUAGCAGUUGUC